AUAAUUAAUUAAUGACACUUAAAAUGGUUUCUUUAGCGUAUGUCUGUCACUUUGCGGGUAUUUUUUCCGGUAGUCUUGAACAGAAUAGAAAAUAUAAUAACAUUUUUAAGUUUAAUUUAUUUUGAAAAUAGUAAAAUAUAUUACCUGUAAAACAAGUUGUUUUUGCUCUUUAUAGCUACGUCUGAAAUUCUUUAUUUGUACAAUUUAUAUUCUUCUAAUUUUUUUAAAAAUAAUAUAUCAUUAAGUGGAGCUUCAAUUGCAUUGGGUGACGAAAACCAAGCCUGAACGUAACAUUUAACUAUAAAACAACAAAUAUCUUUUAACGCCUUUUCUUCUUUGCUAUUUAAUUUAAAUUGAUCUUUAAAUAUGUAUAGCUUUAAAGAAUAUAUGGCCUUAGCCAUAUCCAUCUGGCUAAAUGGUAUGGACCAAAUUUGUGGAUAUCCUUCAAAAACUCCUUGCAAAAACUCUAUUACCUCAUCAUUUGACCAUUCCGUCAUAGUACAACUAUCAAUGGCUCUCCGAACCGCACGCCUGUGGGAACGCUGUCUAAAUGCGCGGCUCGUUUACUUUGGCGCGGACACAUCGGACCGACAAUUUUCGGAUAGACGCGAGCAUGGCCGAGCUAUACCUUGCCUAGACGCGCAAGAGCGUUCCCACGGCGCGUGUAGUUUACCAAGCCAGCGAAUUUUACUCGUGGCUCGCCGAGCCACGCGCCGUGGGAACCCGCCUUUACGGUUCGAUUGGUUAGUUGUACCUAAGUACUAUCAGUACACAUAUCACAUAAAAACAAAUUUAAAUAUGGAAGAGCUAAAAGACAAAAGUUUACAUUUAACCGCUGAAAAACUAGCUGAAGAACUUCAAAAAAUGGAUAUUUAUAAUGAAUUUUAUGAAGAUUUACAGAUGCUAGCUGCUUCCCAAGACGUAUCCAUAGACGACUUCAAAAAGACCUUGGUGCAAGCAGUGAACAUAGGGAGCAUGGAAACUAAUCUGAGAAACGCGGUAUUCCAUUGGUUGAGAAGUCAUGGGAAUAAUAAACAAAUUGUGGUUAGGGACGAAAUAACGAGUAGAGAGUCGUUAGACUAUUUGAGAAAAGCACAAAUCACGUGGGAAAGAAGAAUACAGAAAUCGUUGGAGUCUAUGUGCGAGGAAAUAGGGAUAAAUCUAUCUUGUCUCAGGUCCAGUGCUGAUCGAGAUGAAAUGUUACAAAAAUGGAACGAACUCAGUACAUACAAUACAAGUUUGGAAAGACUGAGACCGGUGUAUGCACCGAAAGAUUUUUUAGAAGUGUUAUUUUCAUUGCAUAAUCCUAAUUACCGAAUGAUAUCUGAUGACAUGAUAUGGGAUUUUACGUACCUGCCGCUGAAAGUUAAGACAUUACCAGAACUGAGACAUCAUUACAGGGAUUUGGCCACUGCCGAUUUGCUGUUAGGUUUAACGUGUUGUCAAUGUCUGACGACGCUGUCGUGCGGGUCGACGUCACAGGGAGAACAAGAACGAAUCGCUUUGGGAGAAAAAGUUCUACAACAUCAGCAUGCACCGGUGUGUCAAGAGUUUCUAAAAUUGGGUGCACCUCGCAGCCUCCGGGGUAGGCUCUGGGCACAGAUUCUAGGAUCUAGUGCGAAGACUUCGGAACAACAUUACUCGGAAUUAAAACAACGCGUGUUGCACUUCGAUAUGUUGAUCGACAAAUUGAUCACGAAAGACGUUCAACUAACAGCGUGCAACGACGAUCAAUACUUCGUGUUCGAAGACGUCUUACAUCAGAUAAUGUUGUGUUUUACUCGCGAUACUGACGUGUUGUCAGUGUUCAACAACUCGACCAGCCAUCCAAUACUUACGUCGUUGAAGGGCAAACCACCUAUCGAGGCAAUAUAUCCUCCCAACGGCAUUAUACCUUUCCACGGUUUUACAAUGUAUGCUGCCCCCGUUUGCUAUUUGUUCAAUGACCCUGUACCAUUGUACUACACGUUCAGAGCAUUCUACCUGCGUUACUGGUUCAGAUUGCAUGUGAUAAGUUCACACCCGCAAAGCAUACUUGGACUAUGCAUUUUGUUCCAGCGGCUUUUACAGAGACACGAAACAAAGAUUUGGUCGCAUUUUAUGAGCCACAACAUUCACCCUAUCAGAGUGGUAUUCAAAUGGAUCAUGAAGGGAUUCAGUGGGCAUUUACUUCCAGAACAAUUACUUAACCUGUGGGACAUGAUUAUAGCUUACGACUCCCUGGAAGUAUUGCCACUUUUGGCAGUUGCGAUUUUAAGUUUCAGAAAAGACAAUCUACUUCAAGUAAACACUUUACAAAACGUAGAUUCAGUUCUGGUAGAUUUGUCAUCAUUAAACGUAAUGUCUUUGCUACAGUUAGCACUAAAAGGACCAAUUAAAAUGUAAUAAGAUAUAAGUACUUGUUAAAUAAAUGUUUAACUUUAAAUUAACAAUGUAUAAUUAAAACUAAAUAAAACAAACAAUCAUUAUAAAAUAUAAAUUAACA